UUUCAGACUUUGACAGACAUAGAGAAAGAAGAGAGAGAAAGAGAGAAUUUCCGCAGCCAUCAGAGAGAUAGAGAGAGAGAGAGCAGAAGAACCAGAAACGCCAGAAAACCAGAGAGCAGAAACCAGCUUCAGCGUCGUUCCAGAGCUUGAAGACGACUUCACCAGAGAGAGCAACCAAACGACACGGUGUCCCACACGGGGAAUCCAACAAAAUCACUCGCCUGAAUUUACCCCUCCCUCCUGCGAUUUUUCAGCUCACUUCUUUUUCUUCUUCUUCUUCCUUUUCCUCUGAAUUUAUCUGCGCCGAAAAAUGGAACAAAUCAUGGCCUAUUUGGAGCUCGAUGCUUGUGGAAUAGUGUAGUUUGUUUUGGGUUUUCUUCCUUUUUCUCCUUUCGCUAAGAAAGGUUUGUUUCUCUCUUUCUUUUUGAGCUCUUCAGAGCUUGUUUUCGCCUUCCUUUGCUUGGCGAUCUUGAGCAUAUGGCUUGCCGGAGAUUCACGGUCGUCGCUGGGAGCUUGGAUCCGGAGAGAAAGAGAAGCGGUGGUUUGAGAACGAAGCAGGCGGGGAGAGGAUCGUGCCGUGGAAGUUAGUACUUUUGUCGCCGAUAAAUGUACGGUCUCCGGCACUGAGCUCUUGUUGUCUCGCUCUUUUUCUCUCCUUUUCUCUUUCUCUCUCUUGUUCGUUCUCGCUCUCAGUUUCUCUCUCUAUCUCUAUCUCCCUUUCUGCGUUUUGAGCUAAGAAGCCAUGGGAUAUCUGCUAAAAGAGGCGCUCAAGACUCUCUGCGGUUCGAAUCAGUGGUCUUAUGCUGUUUUCUGGAAGAUCGGUUGCCAAAACCCUAAGCUGCUGAUUUGGGAAGAAUGUCACUAUGAGCCCUCAAAAUCUUCUCUGCCAACACACAUGUCUGGAGCUGGAAGUGCGGAGCUACCUUUCGAAGAGUGGGAAAGAUUAUGGAUGUCUUCUGAAACCUGCUCCUCUCAGCUUGGAAGUCAAGUAGGAGAUAGAGUCUCAUCGCUGAUUAGCAAAAUGAUGAUUAAUAAUCAGUUUAAUAUAGUUGGAGAAGGAAUGGUGGGGCGAGCUGCAUUUACUGGAAACCAUCAAUGGAUUCUUUCAAACAAUUAUACAAAAUUUGCCCAUCCUCCAGAGGUCUUAAAUGAGAUGCAUCACCAAUUUUCAGCUGGCAUGCAGACAGUUGCUGUUAUUCCUGUUCGUCCUCAUGGCGUUGUUCAACUUGGUUCUUCCCUGGCUAUUAUGGAGGACAUAGGAUUUGUAAAUGAUGUAAAGAGUUUGAUCCUUCAAUUAGGACGUGUUCGUGGUGCUCUUUUAUCUGAUAACUAUGUGGCGAAGGAUGCUGUUGAGAAAAUUGGGAUUCCUGUUACUGCAGGAGUACUUUUACCUAUGGAUCUAUCGGGAAUACAUAAGAUGGAAAACUCUUCGGCAUAUGUGGUAGACAGCUACAACCCACAAAAAAACUUAUCCCAAGCGUCAAGCCUUGUACAACUGCCUAAUUCUCUUCGAAAGAAGGUUCAAAAUAAUCAAGAUGCUGCUGCUAUCGCAAACGUGGUGGGUCAAUCUCAUGGUAAUCCUUGCCAAGCAAAUUAUUCUUCAAAUAUGAAGCCAUACUCUGCUUCUGGUAGCCAGAUAAAGGAUGGAAUUGUGGGAGCUGAAGUGAUCCCUUCAAGUUCAAAUGCAUGGCCCAACCGGCAAGCUUCUGCAAGAUCUAGGAUUGAUAAGCAAUGUGGUUUUAGCCAAUCUGGUUCAAGUCAGGGCAGCCUAGUGUCAUUGGAAGAAAGGAUCUUGUCUAGUGUGAGCAUCCAUGGUCAAUCUGUUGACAAUCAAAGUGUAUCAAAUAGCUUUAACUCGUCUGUACUGAAAACAAGUGGAAGCUUACUUUUUGAUGAGAAUGUGACUUCCUUAAGCAUUCCAUUUCUUGAAGGAAAAAAAAUAAGUGGUGGAAUCAAUAGAUACUCAUGGCCAGUUUCAGUUCCUUGCUCUCGUUCAAGCACACACAUGGCAGCUGAUGUCAAUCUUUCUGGCGCUCUGUCUGGGAUUGAGCUUCAAAAGGCUGAAACAUUAAAAACCGAGGAGGUUUCCUUUUCUUGUAUGUCAGAUCAGUUAGUUACUGGUCCCACGAUCUCAAAAGGCUUUGAUGUUAGACAAUUGUCCAAAGAUGUGAAGGUUACUCAAAAUGACUUGCUUGCAAGCGAACAAAGGAUGGAUAAUGAACUGUUUCAAGCCCUUAAUUUUCCAUUGUUCCAUGCAGAUGGGCAUAUGUCUCCGAGUGACCGUAUCCCUGACUUUGUUCUGGACUGCCAAAAUCUUGAAGAUAAACCUCAGUGUUCAGGAUCCACAAAUGCUAAACUUGAAGAUCAAUGUACUCGAGCUUCAUUGGGAGAUGACUUGUUUGCUGUGUUGGGAAUGGAUUAUAAGAAUAAGCUGCUUAAUGGCCAUAGGCUAGAUGGAAGAGUAGAAGGUAUGCCUGAGAAUACUUCAACAUUUACAAGUAUGGAGGAUAUGGAUUCUAGUUUCUAUUCAGACAGUGGUAUUUUCUCGGGGAUGGGCACAGACCAUCUGUUAGAUGCAGUGGUAUCUAAGGCACACAUUGCUGCCAAGCAGAGCUCCGAGGAUAACGUAUCUUGCAGAACAACAUUAACAAAGAUCAGUAGCUCUUCUGUACCCAGUAUUUCACCAACACAUGGACAUGUUAAUUUGCCUAAUCAGGUGCGAGGGCAAAAACUUCAGCUUCCGGAGUCUUUGGAUAAAGCAGGGAUGGUAAAAACGAGUUCCUUUAAAUCUGGCUGUAGCAAGGAUGAAACAGGAAACUGUUCCCAGACGACUUCCAUUUAUGGAUCUCAAAUGAGUUCUUGGGUUGAGCAAGGCAAUUGCAUGAAACACGAAAAUAGUGUUUCAACUGCAUAUUCUAAGAGGCCUGAUGAAAUUGGAAAAUCAAACCGAAAAAGGCUUAAACCCGGAGAAAACCCUAGACCUAGGCCGAAAGAUCGUCAGAUGAUCCAAGAUCGUGUAAAAGAGCUGAGAGAGAUUGUCCCAAAUGGGGCAAAAUGUAGCAUAGAUGCACUGCUUGAACGGACUAUCAAGCAUAUGCUUUUCCUGCAAAGCGUCACAAAGCACGCUGACAAGCUAAAACAAACAGGAGAGUCCAAGAUUAUUAAUAAAGAGGGUGGACUGCUCUUAAAAGACAACUUUGAGGGAGGGGCAACAUGGGCUUUUGAAGUUGGCUCACAAUCUAUGGUCUGCCCUAUAAUUGUUGAGGACUUGAAUUCACCUCGUCAGAUGCUUGUGGAGAUGCUUUGUGAAGAACGGGGUUUCUUCCUAGAAAUAGCGGAUUUAAUUAGAGGAAUGGGUUUGACCAUUUUAAAGGGAGUGAUGGAAGCUCGAAAUGAUAAGAUAUGGGCUCGCUUUGCAAUAGAGGCAAAUAGGGACGUUACAAGGAUGGAAAUAUUUAUGUCUCUGGUUCACCUUUUGGAGCAAACUGUAAAGGGUGGUACAUCAUCAGCGAAUGCCACCGAGAACAACACUUUGAUGGUCCACGACUCGUUCUCUCAAGCCGCUCCGAUACCCGCAACUGGUAGGUCCGGUAAUUUGCAGUGAACCACCUGCUCUGUCAAUUCUUGGUCUGGUUAUGUUGAGAGCGAGACCAGUUUUUGCUUGCCAUGACUAACAUACAUUGCAGUCCAAGCUAUUGGGUGGUUCUAACUUGGACUAACCUUGUCUUCCACAAACCAAAUUCAUAACUGACCUCACUUCUAGCGCGCGGAGAUUUGUUAGAUUAGCGAAAAAGCUCCUCAAGAACUUUCAAUUGGGUGUUGCUGUUUGUUCGUUCUCUAGAUAAUGCAUCUGAAUGCUUUGAUCAUCUACCUAGCAGAAAAAUUUUAGUUGUAGCUUGCAGUUUUUAUGGGAGGUUACUGAUCAAGAAUUUUUUCCCCUUUUUUUUUUUUCCACUUAUGUGUUAGAUGGUAUAGACAAGAGAGGGUUGCUGGAUACUGGGUUGUGGGUUCUGUUAAAAAAUGUAUAGAGUGGGAUAUGGAAUUAGGGGGUUGCAAAUGUAAUUUUACCAAGACUG